GCUCCGCGGCCCGCACGCCAAGUCGGUCAGCGUCAGAUUCGUUUCACGGCAGUCUCGAGAUUCCGUGGUGAUUCGCGAGCGAAUCGGUAUUAUUAAUCGGCAUUGUUGACUUUGACAGCGGGUUCUGUCGACGUCCCACGAUAAACCGCUGCGCGAAGCAUCACCUCGUAAGCGCAAACGGAACACUUGCAUUUCACGAGCGAGCCGUCACGAAAAACACGGUCGAACGUUAAACUCGGAACGUUUGUUAACCGCUGUAGGACGACUCGCGAGUUCCAGUUGCUGUUCUAGAAAGAAGACUUUCUAGAAGGUUAGCUCAGCGGUCUCGUUACCUCCACUGACUCUGCGAAUUGGAAAUCUGCUUUAAGCUCCACCUCCCCAGUGUGCUUGGCUCAGAACGUUAUUGUUAUAUCCCCGACAACCACUUGGAAGCAUGGCAAAAUGGGGUGAAGGCGACCCACGCUGGAUUGUGGAAGAGAGACCUGACGCAACUAAUGUUAAUAACUGGCAUUGGACGGAGAAAAAUGCUUGUGUGUGGUCACAAGAAAAGUUGAAAGAACUUCUUAUAAAUUUCAAAAUUGAGGGAGAAGGAGUAUCAUGUAAAGUAACAGAAAUGGAAAAAUGUGAAGGUGAGGCUGUAGCAAAUAAUAGAAAAGGAAAACUUAUUUUCUUUUAUGAAUGGAAUAUCGUUCUUAAGUGGAUAUCUGAUGAAACAUCCAAUAAAGACAUUGAGGGUAAAAUUAAUAUUCCUAAUCUGUCUGAAGAAAAUGAUAUUAGUGAAGUAGAUAUUGAAAUUACAUUAAAAGAUAGUACAGAUGAAGGGGAGAAAGUUAAACAAUUCUUACAUACUAAGGGUAAAGAUGCAAUAAGAGAAAAAUUAAAGAAAUAUGUAUCUUCUCUAAAAGAAGAGUUUACGAAAGGUAUGAUACUUCCUAAAAAAGAUACUGAUAAAGAAAAAGAAAAUAUUUCGAAUAUAACCUCUGGUUUCAAUAUUAAGAUGCAAAUGAAUGCUGCAGUGACGCCAACGAACAAUAAUAAAUCAGCAAGUAAAAUCUCAACCACUACGAUUAAGCAAAAUGUAAAAUUUCAAUGCAGAGCAGAUGAGUUUUACAACGUCCUCUCGUCGAUCGAGAUGGUACAAGCAUUCACGAAGAACCCGGUGAAACUAGAACCAAAGAAGAAUGGUCAAUUCGAGCUCUUCGGUGGCAAUAUUCACGGCGAAUUCAUAGAGAUUACUCCAACGAAAAUUAUCCAAAAAUGGCGUUGUAAACAGUGGCCGUCCGGACAUUUCAGCGAUGUAACGAUCGAUAUCUCUGAGAAAAACGAUCAUACCGAGGUCAAUUUAACGCAGAGCGGUGUCCCAGUGAGCGAGGAGCCCUCUACGAAGGAGAAUUGGGACAGGUAUUACUGGGAUGCUAUAAAACGGACCUUCGGCUUUGGAUACUUUAUGAAGAGAGGACGAGAGAGAUAGUCUCCGUCAGACAUGAACGUUACUUCGAUGGUGGAGAUAUUCGGCAAUGACAGCAACAACGUCAGCAACGGUCUCGACUGCGGCGGUGAGCCCCAUCAGUACGCGUUAUGGGAACGUGUGACGAUAGUGGUGAUCGCCGUCGUCCUCAGUUUCACCACGGUCGGUGGCAACAUUAUGGUCAUGAUAUCGUUCAAGAUCGACAAGCAGUUGCAGACGAUCUCCAAUUAUUUCCUCUUCAGCCUGGCGGUGGCCGACUUCGCGAUCGGCCUAAUCUCCAUGCCCCUCUUUACGUUAUACACGGUGCUCGGUUACUGGCCACUCGGGCCCUACGUGUGCGACACGUGGCUGGCCCUCGACUAUCUCGCGAGCAAUGCGUCGGUCCUUAAUCUGCUCAUCAUCAGCUUCGAUAGAUACUUCUCCGUCACGCGUCCGCUUACCUAUCGGGCUAAGAGGACCACUGUCAAAGCCGCCAUCAUGAUCGGAUCCGCGUGGGGUAUAUCGCUACUUCUUUGGCCACCCUGGAUCUACGCGUGGCCGUACAUCGAGGGUCAAAGGACGGUGCCGAUGACUUCGUGCUACAUCCAAUUCAUCGAGACGAACCACUACAUCACCUUCGGCACGGCCAUCGCCGCGUUUUAUGUUCCUGUCAUGAUAAUGACAUUCCUUUACUGGCGGAUCUGGAAGGAGACGAAGAAACGUCAGAAGGACCUGCCGAACUUGCAGGCUGGCAAGCAAGACGCGAGCAAGCGCAGCAACUCGAGCGACGAGGUUAUUAUAGAUAUGGAGGAGGGCAGAAGACAGCGAAGCGAAUCGAGCACCGCCGACGACGUCUCGCACGCCACGCACAUCGCGGUUUCCUACAUUGAUAAGCACUAUCCGCAAUAUAAAAGCCACAGGCCGUUCUCUUGGACCUGGCUGAAGAUGUGGUGCAUCGCAUGGUGGCACAGCGGUCGAGACGACGAGGACGACGACGAGGAGAUCGCUGGACCAGAGAGCAGUCACACCGGGGCCGGUUACGAAGACACGCUCACGCCGCUGUCGGCCGAGACGCCGCUUCCCAGCACGGUAUCGCGAUGUCCCUCGAUCAGCGCGAUACAGGCUACGGGAAUCGCCCUGGACAAGACCAUGCUGCACGAGUACAAAAGGUCGGCACGGCCGGUCGACCUUAGGAAUAUUUCCAACGAUACCAUUUAUACUAUUCUGAUCAAAUUGCCGAGUAACGGCGGGAAAUUCACCGAGGGGACAAGCAUAAGGAUGAUACCCGACGAGUCGAUGCAGAUGGGAGACAGCGAGGAUGACGGUGGUGUCGGGGGUAGCGGCAGUGGUGCCAGCAGGCUCUUCCGUCUCGGCGGCGGGUCCGUGUCGAGUCCGUCGACGGUGACGAUGAGAAGGCCAUCGCAGAUGCCGGACAUCAGGAUACCGUUGAACGCGAAGAACAUACCGAAGGCUGGCAAGGGAAUCCUGAGCAAGCAGCCGAACAAGAAGAAGAAGAAGCUGCAGGAGAAGAAGGCCGAUCGAAAGGCCGCGAGAACGCUGUCAGCCAUCCUGUUAGCAUUCAUUAUCACGUGGACCCCGUACAACAUUUUGGUACUCCUCAAGUCCAUUACCGCCUGCUCGUGGUACAUACCUCAGGUGCUAUGGGACUUUGUUUAUUACCUUUGCUACAUUAAUAGUACUGUGAACCCGAUGUGCUAUGCACUGGGCAACGCGGCAUUCCGCAGAACCUACGUGAGGAUUCUCAAGUGUAAGUGGCACAGCAGGAACCGCGGCACCGGUGCGGUCGAUCGGGGAUGAUAUCAGUAACCCGUCGAUGCGCAACUUCGACCUUUUUCGCAUCGAGGAGGGGAGCGGUCCUCCUCUCCACGCUUCCGAUAUCAACACACUACAGAAUUGGAAGUCAACGACCACGCGCGCGCGCGCGUGCGAGCACACACAUACACAUACAUGCAUAUACCGAAACAACGCUGUACUAUUAUUAUUAUUAUUAUUACUACUACUAUUACUACUACUAUUACUACUACUAUU